AUGGAUUAUAGUGUCGUCCACGCACCUGGUCCUUAUACUAUACGGAUCCAAGGUCAAACCCACCACAGAAUUGGCUCGCUCAUACCGCGACAAGGCUGUCUCCCAGAAUAUCUCCAGCUUUACAUAUUUGACACGGCCAACGAACUCAAAAACCGCCUAAACGCGAUGGGGCAAACCUCAGCAGAAGGUAACCUCGAUGAGCCAACGUUAGCCCUCCUCAUCGAGAUGAUUGACGAGAACAAUUGUCUAGCAAAGAUCUUUCGUCGUGCACGAGACCACUACGAAAGCGUCGGGUCAGAGUUUACUAUUAGGUUAGUCCAAGAUAAAGGGAAGGGGAAAGAAUAUGAUCUCCCAACUACAAGCGAGGUGGCAGGUCUUAUCGUGGGGGAUAUAACAUCAACAAUUGGAGAACGAGAUAUAGUGGUUCAGUUUCAAUCUGACACUUUGCAGCAGAUACGUGACGAUCACCCUCUAUAUAUGAGCCUCCAAUACCCUCUUUUGUUUCCGUAUGGUGAAUACGGGUUUCACCUAGAAAUUCCCCUGCAUCUUGAGACAGGCACUUCAAGAACAAGGCAAUUCGUGACCAUCCGUCAAUACUACGCUUCUCUAAUCCAAACACGUCCUAACCAAGGAAUGACGUUGAUUAAAGGCGGUCGUCUCCUCCAUCAGUUUAUUGUGGACGUUUAUACAGCAAUUGAGGAAGACCGACUGAGGUGGGCGAGAAAUAACCAAGAAAUCUUGCGGGCUGAGCUAUACAGCAAUGUUCUUGAUGCUGUAAGUAAAGGUGACACUGACGCUAAAAUUAUUGGCCAGAGAUUUAUACUGCCGCCAAGUUUCACCGGAGGCCCCCGGUACUUAGUUGAGAAAUACCACGAUGCUAUGGCUAUUUGCAGAGAAUUCGGCAAUCCAGAUUUGUUUAUCACGAUGACGGCCAAUCCAAACUGGAGCGAGAUUAAAGAACAUCUUCAGAAAUACGGUGGAGAUUCUCCUAAUGAUAGACCGGACAUUGAAUGUCGGGUUUUUAAGAUGAAGCUAGAUCAACUGCUCAAGGAUUUCAAAGCAGGAACUUUUUUCAAGCCAUAUAAGGCAGCUCUCCACCGAAUAGAGUUUCAAAAAAGAGGUCUCCCUCAUGCACAUAUAUUAUUGUGGUUAGGAAAUUCUACCAGAACACCGAGUGCAGAUGAAGUGGAUGAAAUAAUUUCGGCCGAGCUCCCCAACAAAGAGGAAGACCCAGCUGCUUACGACUUAGUCACGAAACACAUGAUCCACGGUCCAUGUGGACACUUCAAUCCGAAGUCACCAUGUAUGGAAAACAAUGUGUGCACGAAAAAGUAUCCUCGGCCGAAUAACGACAACACUUCGAUUGACAAAUCCGGGUAUGUGUUAUAUCGUCGACGCCGAAACAAAGAUACGUGUACAGUAAAGGCUGGAGCUGUACUAGACAACACUUUCGUCGUACCUCAUAACAUUAAGCUUCUGAAGAAGUACGAAGCUCAUAUUAAUGUUGAAUGGUGUAAUCGGACAAGCGCGGUGAAAUACUUAUUCAAGUACAUAACCAAGGGCGUUGACCGAGCAACCGCUGUUAUUGAGAAAGGAAAUACAGCAACUACAUCCGACGCGACAGGAUCCGGAGGAUCAAAGGAGAAAGUCCUAAUGCAACGCAAUGAGAUCCAAGACUACAUCGAAGCCCGAUAUUUAUCAGCUUGUGAGUCCAUGUGGCGGACUUUCGCCUUCCACAUACACAAAAGAAAGCCAUCAGUUGAAAAGCUUAUCAUUCACUUGGAAGGCGAACAUAAUAUUACGGUUAAAUCAACAGACAACCUCGGUCGUGUAAUCCACAAACCGGGUAUCGAGAAGACGAUGUUCACAGAGUGGAUGGUUUUAUGCAGAAGGUCAGCGUUUGCCCGGACACUGACAUAUGUGCAGAUUCCUGAAUAUUUUGUCUGGAACAACAGUGCUAAAGUGUGGACUGAGCGUAAGAGAGGAAAAACCAUUGGCCGAGUCGUAGCUGUCCAUCCUUCAGCAGGCGAUCGAUACUACCUGAGGGUCCUCAUUAAUAAGAUUAAGGGUCCUAGAAGUUACGACGAGCUAAAAACAUACAACGGCGUGAAAUACCCGGACUUUAAAUCAGUUUGCCACGCACGAGGCCUUUUGGACAACGAUGUUGAAUGGCUCGAGAGUAUGUCGGAGGGUGCUCGAACGGCCAGCCCAUACCAGCUUCGUGAUUUGUUCGUCACAUUCCUAAACAACUGCUUCGUCGCAAGCCCUAAAGGACUAUGGGAACACUCAUGGAAAUCAAUGAGCGACGACAUACUUCACAAGAGGCAAAGGAUCUUAGGCCACGCGAAUCUGGAACUGGACGAUAAUACCCUCGAGCAAUACACAUUGAUAGAAGUUGAAAAGCUGAUGCGCAUGCAAGAUCGCUCCUUAAACGAUUUUAAGGAUAUGCCGAAGAUCAAUCCUGUUUUGCUCAAGGAAUUGGGGAACAGUUUGUGGAACCAAGAAAUGGAUUACGAUGUUGCGGAGGAAACACUAAGACAUGACAAGCAAUACAAAUUGCUCAAUGUUGAGCAACUUGCAAUCUAUGAAUCAGUCUUACACUCAGUUGAUAAGAAAGAAGGAAAACUUUUCUUUGUAUAUGGCGCAGGGGGCACAGGAAAAACAUUCCUAUACCAGACUAUUAUAUCCAGACUUCGGUCAAGAAAACAAAUUGUUCUACCAGUUGCUUCUUCGGGAAUAGCCGCAUUGCUACUACCAAACGGGAGAACAGCUCACUCUCGCUUCAAUAUUCCAUUGAAGCUCGAGGAAGAUAAGCUUUGCAACGUCAAACCAGGUACAAUGCUUGCUGAGUUAAUUGAGGAAACAGACCUCAUAAUAUGGGAUGAGGCACCGAUGACACACAAACAUGCUUUCGAAGCAUUAGACAAGUCGUUGAAGGAUAUUAUGUCUAUCAAAAAUCCACCCGCAAAGAAUCAGCCUUUUGGUGGCAAAACAGUUAUGUUAGGUGGUGAUUUCAGACAGAUCCUACCAGUCAUUCCGCAAGGUAGAAGAGCUGAUACUGUACUAGCUUCGAUAAGCCAUUCAUAUCUAUGGAAUAGCUGCCACAAGUUCUCUUUAAAAACAAAUAUGCGAGUCAAUCAGGAUGAGAAAGAGUUUUCUGAAUGGCUUCUCAGAGUCGGGGAAGGUCGUCUAGGAGAAGAACAAGAAUAUGAGGAGGAUGGGUACCAUGACCAACUCAUACAUAUCGAUGACUCAUUGAUUUGUCGGAGUUUUGUUGACCCAUUGAAAGAAGUUGUUGAUGCUGCAUAUGGACAAAUCAGCAGCCAUAUGAAUUCCAAGACUUCCUACACCGAUAAAGCUAUCCUCACACCCCGUAACGAAACCGUUGAUGAAAUCAAUGCUUAUACCAUCUCACGGACCUACAGGGUAUCAAGAGAUUACUACAGCUCAGACAGCUUUGAAUUAUCAGAUACUACAUCAGAUCUAAAUGAUACACUAUACUCCAUUGAGUAUCUUAACUCAUUGGAAUUCUCGGGUUUGCCUUCGCACAAACUUACUCUGAAAGUUGGUGCCCCAGUUAUGCUUCUCAGAAACAUAAAUCAGAAAAAAGGAUUAUGCAACGGUACUCGGAUGAUCCUAACCCACGUUGGUGAACGCGUUCUGAAGGCAGAGAUCAUCACUGGAUCCCACAUUGGAGAAGAGGUCUUGAUCCCAAGAAUUGUGCUUUUGUAUGAUGAAACGAAAUUACCGUUCACAUUACGUCGGCGGCAAUUUCCUAUCAGAUUGUGCUACGCAAUGACAAUCAACAAAAGCCAAGGCCAAAGUUUAAAAGAGGUCAUCUUAUACCUGCCUAAGCCAGUCUUUUCUCAUGGUCAACUUUACGUGGCCCUCUCCCGUGUCACAAGCAAAGCAGGAUUAACGAUCAUCAAAACUGAAGAUCCACACCAGCUGAAAGUGAAGAACAUAGUCUACAAAGAAAUAUUCAAAGGCCUUCAUCCCGAGACAG